UCAGCCGCGAGCGUCACGGCACGCAGGAAGUCCCAGUGCGCCUGCGCGGCGAUGUGACGUGCGCCGGGCGGUGCGGUGGUGGGGGGUAGCCUGGCCGCGUCUUAAAAGAGUAUCCGCUGUCUCUGGCCGGGCGUCUUUCGCUGCUAGCUGCCGCUUCAGUGAGAACAGCUCUCGUGUGCGAUCCUAAGUGUUACACAGCGUGUGAGUGACUACGUUUCGCAGUUCUCUCUCGUGUGCGCCGAUCUGUCUGCCGCUAACAUGCUCCUCGAGAUGUUCCACUCGUCGUCUGACGCUUCUUCAGAUUCUUUCUCGGCCGUCGCGUCUUUCCGCAAGAAGAUGACGCUCGGGAAGAUUAUCGUCAAGGUGCCUUCCGGUUGGAGAAAACUACGGAAUGUCGUUCAAUGGACUCCGUUCUUCCAAACGUACAAGAAACAGCGCUAUGCUUGGGUGCAGCUUGCUGGCCAUCAAGGAAACUUCAAAGCUGGUCCCGAGCAAGGCACGAUUCUGAAGAAGCUUUGCCCCAAAGAGGAGCUGUGCUUCCAGGUGCUCAUGAAGGACGUGCUCAGGCCCUACGUCCCAGAGUACAAGGGCCACGUCACCUGCGAAGACGGAGACUCAGUAUACUUACAAUUGCAAGACUUACUGGGCGACUUCCAAUCCCCGUGCGUUAUGGACUGCAAGAUAGGUGUGCGCACCUAUCUGGAGGAGGAGUUGGCUAAGGCCAAGGAAAAGCCCAAGCUCCGAAAGGACAUGUAUGAGAAGAUGAUCCAAAUUGAUCCCGAAGCUCCAACAGAGGAGGAGCAUCGCCUCAAGGGUGUCACUAAGCCUAGGUACAUGGUGUGGCGAGAGACCAUCUCCUCUACAGCAACACUGGGCUUCCGCAUAGAAGGUAUUCGCAAAGCAGAUGGAAAGUCUAGCAAAGACUUCAAGACGACUAAGACCAGGGAGCAGAUUCUCAAAGCAUUCAGGGAUUUCACGGAAGGAUAUCCACAUGCAGUGCCAAAAUACAUUCAGAGGUUGAAAGCAAUCAGGGCCACCUUGGAAGUUUCUGAAUUCUUCUCUUCGCAUGAGGUGAUAGGAAGUUCCCUUUUGUUUGUGCACGACAAGCACAAUGCAAACGUGUGGCUCAUAGAUUUUGCCAAGACGCUGAUCCUGCCCAGCGGCACAGCAAUCGACCACGCCUCACGCUGGGUGGUGGGCAACCACGAGGACGGCUACCUGAUCGGCAUCAACAAUCUCAUCAGCAUCUUCUCCGAGAUGGCAGCAGAGACGGCCACAGCUCCAGGCGACAACACGUGAGCGCCGGGCGCACGCCAUUUGCGUCGCCCCGUGGCCGCCCCCUGCAACAUGACUUGCCUGGCAGACCACACCUGAGAGACCGAAGCUGGGCCGGCAACUUGGCCCGUGCGCCGGUCGACUCCCGUGCGAUUCCCAUCGACGCUGUCGUGACUCAGGACCCCUACACUUGCGAUACGGGAGGGUGCGUGUGGCAGAGUACUGUUACCGAGUGACAACGGAUGUUACGAGCUGCCCUCCCUGAUGUGUCACUCAGUGUGUAAUCUUGCACGGAGUUGUGCCAAUUGCUGAGCCGAGAAAUGAGGACAGCACCCUUUUGGGAUUGUGACCUGCUUCAGUGUACUGAAUUAAUACAAGCCUUGGACUCCUUAGUGCAGUUAAAUUUUGUUUUUAAGAUGGCUGUUUUUCCACAUGAAGUGGAAGUUUUUAAUGUGUAACAAUUGAACAUGACUAGCAGUUACUUAAAUCAGAUCAACACUUGUGCAAGCAACACUCUAAAUGAAAUAUUAGGUGAAGCUACAUUUUGGUGCAGUAUGAAACUACUUCUUCUCCGUCAGAAGAUGAUAGCAUUCACUGCAUUGCACUGAAAUAUUUUGGUUAAAUACAUGUUAGACUUCUACAAGAUGUUUUAGACAAGUGCAAAUACACAUGCAAACAACUUGUAGUACAAAGAAUGCUCAGAUGUAAGAGAAAAUUUUGUCAAAGUGAAUCAUUUAUUUGAAAUGUCACUACUCAUGUGAUUUGUUAAAAUCACUUGUGUGUUUUGUUAAUAUUGGAGACAAGAAACCAAAGUUUCUUGCAGCUCUUAACCAUUCUCAACAAAAUAUGGUGUUUCAUAUUUUCUGACACCUGUCAGCCAUUUUCAAAGUAUGUGGAAAUAAUGUAUGUUCAUGCUAAAGUUCUGGCUGUAGUGUGGCAUCUGGGAAAUGAGCCAGAAGACAUUUUCAACUUCUGCUUGGUAAAUGAAAUGCAUUAAUCAAGCCAGAAGCUGUUUAAAAACCACUCCAAUGUAUUUCAGAUUGGGGGCUAAGUAAUUUAUUUAAUUUAUAUAAUAAUUUUGCAGCAUUUUUCUGUACUUUACUUAUAAUGACUCCUUCUACUUCAGAUGCGAAUCUGAUACAUAGAAGUCAGUUAAGCCUAGUAAAUAUACAGUGUUGUAUUAAGACUGUUUCUCAGCAUUUAGGAUAAAAUAUUGUAGCAAAUGCUUUAAGAUGUUAGCAAUAUUAUUGUUAAAUGCACUAUAUAUCUGAAUUCUGGCAUUUUCAACGUGACAACAGCUGUAGUGGCAUGUACACUAUAUAUCUGAAUUCUAGCAUUUUCAACGUGACAAACAGCUGUAGUGGUAUGUAAUUGCCUCAAUUCAUAAUCUUUAGAGUGUCUGCAUGAUUUCUGCCAAUUUCUGUUGCUUGUGAACACUGCUUACAAUGAAUAGCUGUAGGUGUGGUGUAAAUUUGUAACAUCUGUAGCAAGCAUAGCUUUGAUUGUAAUUUUUUAUUUAUCUCAUAUGUGAUAACUAACAAAAAUACUGCUGUCUGUAGACACUUGAGGAUUUGCCGAUUGUUUGAAUUAUUUAUCACUGCAGACUAUGUAAUCAGCUGAAUAAUAAAUUUUAAGCA